AUGUGCAAGAGGAUAGCUACUUUGAGGCACAGGCUUCCGCGAGGCUGCGGGAGAGUUCGGAGGAGGAUGCCGCGAGUCCAGGAGAGGAGGAGGAGGAGGAGUUCCAGAAAGAGGCGAGGCAAAUCCUGGAGCGGAUUCCUGCGGCAGAGGCGGACCAGAAGUCUCCGAAGAAGCGGAAAACCAAGAAGAAGCAGACGAAAAAAACAGGCCAGAAGGACUUGGACUCAGAAGAGGAGCACGCUGACACAGAGUCGGAAGACGGCGAAGGAGACAAGUCCGAGGAAGAGGCACCUGCCAAGAAGUCCUCGGCAGCCAAGCGCGGCAAGUUACGCGAAGCAGCGGCAGCACCAGCAGCGAAGGUCAGCAGCAAGAAGAAAGCAGC